CAAAGACCUAAAAGUACCCCGAGUACCAUGUCAAGAUGACCAACCUUCAAACCGGUCCUACCACUCGCGGCCUCCAACGCUUCGCCAUCCCCGCCGUCUGCGGCCUCAUCAUCUUCCUCGGCUACUACUCGCAAUACCUCUUCAACACCAGUGCCGACCUCGCUCCCGGUCCGCUCACCCGCCGCGAAUCCAUAACCUUCAAUAUCCUCCUCGUCUGUCUCUGGCUCACCUACUACCAGGCCUGCACCGUCGAUCCAGGCCAAUACAAGUUCCCACCGAAAGAGAAAGAGGAGGAUAACAAUAACAAAAGAGGAGGAAGAGGACCGCAAAAGGCAAAAUGGUGCAAAAAGUGCGACGCCCCCAAGCCUCCGCGCGCCCACCACUGCCGGCAUUGUGCCCGCUGCAUCCCGCGCAUGGACCACCACUGUCCGUGGACAGGCAACUGCGUUUCGUUACAAACCUUCCCGCACUUUUUGCGCUUCCUAGUGUACACCAACGCUGCGCUGGUCUACUUUGCUCGUCUGCUCUGGACGAGGCUGUACUACGGCCUUUGGGACCAGCGACAUGUUCCCGCUUACCUGGGCCCCAGCGUGGGAGCGCUGCUGGGCUGUACGAUGCUGAGCAUCGCCUGGUUUGCGACGCAGUUCGCGCUGAUGGUUCUGUUGGUUACCACGGUGCGGAGCUGGAUGCUGGGCAAGACGAUGAUUGAGGAGUGGGAGGCGGAGAGGCACGAGACGCUUUUGGCAAGGUCAUAUGAUGGGGAUGAUUACUGGGGCGCGGAUGGGCACGGUGGGUUUGUGCCCGUUAAGGUGGAGUUUCCGUACGAUAAUGGGUUUUGGUCGAACAUGGCGCAGGCGAUGGGGACGAACAACUUUUUGAGGUGGUUCUUGCCGGUCGGUGGCGGUGGGCCAAAGAUUAGCAAUGACACGCCUUGGAAGGGGACGGGGUGGGAGUACGAGGAGAAUGGGUUUAAUGAUCGGGUGGGUAUGUGGCCGCCGCCGGACCCGGAGAAGCUGCGCAGGGAAAGGGCGGGUGCUGGGGGGAAGUGGCCGGGUGCUAGAGAGAAUCUGAGCACAGAAAAAUCGGAAGUCGACUACUACCGCAGUUCCGAGGACAUGAAGACUGCGUUUAAGAGGAGGCAGCAGGAGGACUUGAGGAGGAGACAGCAGAGGAGGCAGCACUCGUCUGAAGAGGACGAGAUCAUGGCUGAGUUGGAGGAGGAUGAGGGGUACGAGGAGCGCUCACGGACCCGCUCACCACCACAAGACGGUAGGGCGUGGAUGAAUAGCGAGGGUGAUACGCUGUGGGAUUACGGUGUCGAUGUGGACGAGGAGGAGAAUUAUGGAUACCCGGGCCGAGGAGUCUCCGAGUCACUACCGCUCGUCAAGACAGCCACCGGAUAUAAUGAUGGUCAAGGAGAUGAAGACGAGGACGUGCCCCUUGCUGAGCUAAUACGCAGACGCAAAGUAAAAAGCAACGGAGUACAUGAGUGAGGGCGGGAGCCAGAGCAAAUAUGCCAUACUAGCUUUAAUAACAGAUACCCAAUGCACAUAUUCUUUCUUGG